AGUCAGUCAGAGCUAUCCCUGUUCACAAAGGUCAUCGCCGUACAGUUAUUCUCGGUUACCGACUGCAAGACCGUAAGCAUCGGGAAUCUGCGGUGGCUGAGUGCAGAAUUUUCACAUGGGAGGCGUUUUAGGCAGCGAGGUAGGCCGGUGGUGGGGGGGAGAGGGAGUCAAUGGGAAGCGUUUGACUGAGUGGGGAAACAAAAAGCUUUGUCAGAGGAUGCAACAUUCGAUGGUCGUUUGCGGGUUUCGAAAGGACCAAAGGAUGCCUGUGGGAUGGUAGUGGCUUUGAGAGACAAGGAUGUUGUUCGACUAGCGGUCGGGGUAUGUUGUUCCGGCCACUGUUGCGACGAGUGCCUUUGCAGAGACAACUGGACGCCAAAUGCGACGCAAUUUAGAACGCGGAGAGCGUUGGCAUCACCUCGACCCAUGGUUCUAAGCAGCCGACCUACUAGUGCACGGGACGGGGGGGAGUGAGUGGCUUGUUGUGGUUGCUUCUUGUGUCGGAGCUCCAAAGUGCGAUGGAUUGGAGCGAUGUGGAGGAUGUCAACCCCGCCAAGGGCAUCUACGCAGUGUGCGGACAGCUCUGGUCUGUGGGUCCCCGAUACAAGGUGGAAGUCCAUGUUGGCUCAGGAUCAUAUGGCGAUGUUUGUCGCGCGACAGAUCUACAAUUCGGUCGAACUGUUGCCCUCAAGAGGGUACCCGAUGUAUUCUUUUGCCAAAUACUGGCUAAACGUGUGCUACGAGAAGUGUGCAUCAUGCGGCGGCUCAUUCAUCCCUAUAUCAUAUCAUUGACGGACGUCUUCACAUCGAAGAAUCUGGAGAAACCAGACUCAACGGACUUGUAUAUCGCCACUGAAUUUGCCGAACGUGGGGAUUUGUAUCGUCAAAGUGAACCUAUUACGGCGGAAACUGUUAGAACACUCAUGUGGCAGCUGCUCGUAUCAGUUAACUACAUGCAUUCCUGUCAUGUGUGGCACAGGGACAUCAAGUCUGAAAAUGUGCUGCUGACAGAAAACUUUCAAUCUAAGUUGUGUGAUUUCGGACUUUCGCGAUCCGCCCUUGAGACGUCAAGCUUCACGGAUGCGAAACCAACUGGGCGAAGGAAAAAGCCGGUUCUGACCAGACAAUACACCAAGACUGUAGUGACCCCAAGCCACCGUGCACCUGAGGUGGUAAUGUCGCAAGGCCAGUACACAUCUGCUAUUGAUGUCUGGUCAGUUGGUUGCAUCUUUUGGGAGCUUCUCAUGCGGCAGGGUCAUCCUCAACACUCUGGUCGUUUAAGCAAGCCUCUUUUCGGUGUGCGCGGAGAGCCAAGCACGCCUUUAAGGGGUGAAUCGUACAACAACGACAUUUCCUCCGAGCUACACGAUCAGUUGGAUGUGAUUUUCAACGUAAUCGGCACACCUUGCUGGAAAGACAUUGAAAGUGUCCCUGGCGAACAUUGGCGAGCAUACCUGAAGAAGGUACCAGGAAGGGCAGGAAACAUUGUGAAACGAUUAUCAGGAAUGGUUGAUGACAAUGCGUUGGACCUUCUACAACGAAUGUUAGCAUUUGCCCCACAUCGGCGCUGCUCGGCGGAUGAGGCGCUCAACCACACUUACUUCAAAGGUAUGAGCAAAAUGCUGAAUGUCGGGCCAAUCCCAGCGGUAGGAAAGGGACCUUCGACACUUCCUAACCAUCCAGUUUGGAAGAUUGCUGAGCCUGCUGUUGCUCUUGGUUUACUUGAGAGGGAGCUGGAGAUGUCAGCAAAUCAUACGGAUGGCGGCAAGCUUAAGCUUGAGCAGCUGCUUCAAUGUGAAGUGGAGCAGCAACAGAUGCAAACAAAUCUGCGGCUAGCUGCUCUUCGUGGUCUUGCCAGCACAGGAUCGCUGAGUCGCUCUGUUUUUUCGACUACCUCUGCAAAGACAUCACGAGGAACCGAACUCAUCCCUUGCGCAACGUCCCGUGCAACUGAAAUCCCAACAGGAUCAUCGAGCAGUCAAUCGGAGCCUUGGUCAGUGGCAGAACGUCCAGAUCAAGCCGACCGCCAACUGAACCGCCUGGCCUCCCGGGAUUCCACCGCUUCUGAGCUUUCCGUCGAAACUGGACAACCACCUGUUUCUGCAUCAGGUUCAGGAAGCGACGAACCGCCACCGGCAAAGCGAACAAGGAAAAUCACGGUCAGUGCAGGCAAGGCUCUCUUUGCAUAGAGCUCAACCGUCUUGACGUCUACCAGUCCGGUGACAGCAUCAGUGUUGACUCAAAGUUGUCGAUGCCAAAAUCUCGGGCUCGUAAAGGCAAAGGCUAGAGGACUUGGGUCCCGUUGCAGACUUGGGUCCUGUUGUUGCAGCUGCCUGUGUUCAUUGAGUGUGUGUUAUUUUUCUUAACUGAAAUGGCGAAGUAUGUCAGCUGGGUUCUAAAGCAUUCACGAGUAUUUGCCAGUGAAGCAGUGCCGCAUGUUGUCCUCGGCGUUGCCACCCCCUUUUCACGAAUGGCCUUCACAGUUCCACCACCAGGCUGUCUGUCUGUCUGAGGGCGUGAUUGGCCGAAGAAGAUGAGUUCGGAGCUUCCAGAAUUUCAUUGCUAUUUGCUUUAAUAGAACUAGAUGUGACACAGACGUUUGUUACCAGUAUAUUAUCAGCAUUGUACCCGCUAACUGUGAGUUUGGAUGCAUCUCGAUGCGACCAUUUUAAUCACGUCCUGGUGGACCUUUCCUUCAAUUUUGCUGAGAAAUGAAUUGAGAAUUUUCUUUUUUUAA